GCAGAAAGAGAUCAGAAAUGGGGAAGAGAAGAGGGAAAGAGUCAAAGUCAUACACGCUUCCUCCAUCACCAUGUCAUUCAUCUUCAUCCUCAGAUUUCGAGUUCACGAUCUCAAUCUCACCGCGCAAAUCAUCAACAACUCUGUGCCCUGCCGAUGAGCUCUUCUAUAAGGGACAGCUGUUACCUCUUCACCUAUCUCCACGCAUCUCCAUGGUUCGCACUCUCCUCUUAUCAUCUUCAAGCACCUCGUCUUCCUCAACCACCGCUCGCAGCUCCAACGAUUCCCAAUCUUCCUUCAACAGUGACCUUGCUAUCCUCCCUGACUGUGACUCUUCUCGACCCAGCUCUGUAACCGAGGAUGACGAGUUCAAGCGCCUUCACAACCCCACCACCAAGGUGGAUCACCAACCCAAGAAGACACACAAGUACUUCUCCUUCUCGAGAUUCUCCUCUGUUUUCCGUAAGGAGAACGCCAAAACCCGUGACCCAGAGAAUGUGUCUGGUUCAUCGGUGAAGCGAAUGAGUGCCACUGCCAAAGAGGUUAUCAGGAAGUAUUUGAAGAAGGUGAAGCCUUUGUAUGAGAAACUCUCCCAGAAACAGCAGCAACAACAGCAGCAGAGAACAGGAGAUUUGAUGAUGAUGGAGGGGACAAGUACAACGACGUCGGUUUUGUCUCUGUUAACGAAAACAGAGAGAUCUACGAAAGAAACAGAGGGUUCUGGUAAGAGGGGGAGGAAAGAGACAAUGGGUGUGCUUUCUCAUUCAUUCUCGGGAAACCUGAGAUACCCACGAAGGAGAAGCUGCGUUUCUAGUUGCCCUUCUUCGAUGAGAUCAUCGCCGAGCCAUUCCGGUGUUCUUUCUCAAAGGGGGGUCGCCGGAGCUAUGUAUAAUGGAGACGCUUCGUCCAUGGAAGAAUUGCAGAGCGCAAUCCAAGGAGCAAUCGCGCAUUGCAAGAACUCUUUGAUUCAGAACAAAACAGUGGUCAGUAACGAAAUCUAAUCUAAUUAGCCAUAAAGGGUUGCUUUGAUUUUUCACAUUUAGUUUCUUCUGUUUACGUUGUCUUCCACGAUCUGAUUAACCAACGAUCAUGUUAAAAAAAAAUCUUUUUCUUUUUUCUUUUUCUC